CUCAGCUGAUAAAACCCCAUGAAAACCAAACGCAUGGUACCUGUUGAACCAACUUGAAACCGAGUAUCGUUCACUCGUAGUAUUUACUUGUGUUUUUGGAAUUAUUUUCUUUAAUUUUACACUUAAAAACAAAUCAGACUAUGGCCACUCGUGUUCGACCGAGCACUAAGCGGUGUGCAGUGAUUGGGGGGUCAGGUUUCUUGGGCCGACACUUGGUGGAGAAGCUCCUGGAUCGUGGCUACACCGUGGCCGUGUUUGACAUCCGACAGAGCUUCGAGCUCCCCGGGGUCACCUUCCACCAGGGAGACCUGUGCGACAUGGAGGCCCUGCUGCCGGCCCUGAAUGGCGUGUCUCUGGUCUUCCACUGCGCCUCUCCAUCACCUGCAAGUGACGACAGGCGACUCUUUGAAAAGGUCAACAUUCAGGGCACGAGGAUUGUCAUUCAGGCUUGCGCCAAGGCCGGAGUACAGAAACUGGUGCUGACCAGUAGUGCCAGUGUGGUGUUUGAGGGGGUCCACAUCAAGAACGGCAGGGAAGAUUUACCGUAUGCCAAGAAGCCUAUCGACUACUACACGCAGACCAAGAUUGAGCAAGAGAAGUUGGUCCUCCGGGCGUGUGACAAGCAGACAGGUUUCCUCACAGUUGCCAUCCGUCCUCAUGGCAUCUUCGGACCCCGGGACCCGCAGCUGGUGCCCAUCCUGGUGGACGCAGCUCGCAGGGGCAAGAUGAAGUUCAUCAUUGGCGAUGGCACCAACCUGGUGGAUUUCACCUUUGUGGAGAACGUGGUCCAUGGACACAUCUUAGCUGCAGAGCACCUGAGGCCAGACUCUCCCAUCUGUGGCAAACCGUACCACAUCACCAACGAUGAACCAGUUUGCUUUUGGGACUUCAUGUCGGAUGUGUUGGUCGCUCUGGGUUACGCCGCUCCACGCUACCACCUGCCAUACACCUUUGUGUACGGACUUGCCCUCCUCCUUUGGCUGCUGGCUCUGGUGCUACGCCCGCUGGUGUCUUUCAAACCCACCUUCACGCCAAUGAGGGUGGCUCUGGCGGGAACCCACCACUACUACAGCUGCGAGCGAGCCAAGCAGGACAUGGGAUACAAACCUGUAGUCGGCCUGAAGGAGGGGAUCGAACGCACGGUGCAGAGCUAUCCUCAUCUCAGACACAAUGCCUGAUAGUGACGUAGUAUAGCAGUGGUGUAAGCAGGUAUUGAGCACUUUUGUGCCUUUUUAGUUGCAGUGCACCAUUUUCACCAGCAGAGAGCAGGAGUUCAUCCUUUCAGAAUUAAAGCACAUACAAAAGUAACCACAAAAUGUGAAUUUAAUGAUAUUUUUAGAGAGGUAUUAAUCAAUACUGUAUGUCAGGGGUGUCCACAUUUUUUCCACUGAGGGCCGCACUGAAUAAUCAAAGCAAGCGGGGGCCAUUUAUUUUAA